AGAAAGAAAGAAAGAAAGAAAGAAAGAAAGAAAGAACCUGCAGUGGAACUUUGACUCGCUUGUUGAAGCUCUGACCUCUAACACCUUGGUUAACGGCUCCAUCUAGCGGUCACAUGAUGAAGCUGCACUUAGUGAAACCUGUUGGCUGAUCGGUUUGUUAGUUUAUUCCACGUCAUCUCACUGAGAUACAAGAAACAAAACUUCAUGUUAGAAUCCACAGUCGUUCAGCUGUACCAUGAGCGGGGAUAAGUAUUCAACCCCUUUAUUAUUGUGGCCACCUGGUGAUCUGCUGGUGAGUCCAACAUUCUUGGUUUUAAGGUGAAUGGUGGUGGGUUUUUUUUUGGUCCUGCCAGUUUUUCUUUGAGAUUUUACUCUAGUUCCACUCACACAGGACCAACAACCUGACAACACUGAACCUCACAUGCUUAGAGAACCACUGAAACAGUUCUGAAUCAUCUAGAGGAAGUAAGAUCACCCGACUGUGUUAUCAACAUCCUAAAUCUUUCACUGCUGAUGUUUGUCAUGGUUGGUCUCACAUGGACUUCAGCCUCAUCUGUGUUGACCUGCUCGUGAGUUCAACCUUCUUGUUUACAUUUGAAACCAGAUCGUUUCCAUUGCCGUCAUUCUAUUCAUAGCAGGAGGAACAAAAGCAGUCCCCCCGGUCUUGUCUGUAACUAACUGAAGACGUUUUACUUUCUGUUCCUGACGGAGGAGAACGUUCAGCAGCUUCCUCAGCAGCCACGGUAAGAUCUAUAAACAUCAGAAACUCAACACGGUGUUUGACUUUAUCAGAAACUGCAUCAGUAAAUCUUGGUUUCGUAUUGAUUAGAAGUUGGACAUCCUAUUUCAGAGGAGUACUGGUGUCUGUGGGGAUUUGUGCUCUUUAAUUUGAAGAAGCUUUGUGGGUCUGUCAGGCUGAUGCUGGAUUAUGAAGCCUGGCUCGGCGUGAACGUUCCAGGUAAUCCUGAAAGUGUUUAAUGCACAGGAGUGCACAGGAGGGUGUUCACAUACUUUUGGUCUGGUUUAACUCUCUGAAUCCAGACUUAGAUAGAUCUCAGGGUGUAUUUACCUCAGCUCCACCUCAACCCUUCAGACAUGCAGAUUAACACUGCAAAUAAAUCCACGUCACCUCAUGACUCAACACCAAACCUUCUUGUUUUUGUUACCUCACAGUCAUUUGUACUUGGCAUUAUCUUGUGAAACCGGGCGUGGUGCUCAUGAACUUAGUCUCCAUAUAACAAGCUGACAUUGAUAAGAGCGAGGAGAACACAGAGGACUCUGGGUGAGUUCGUCUCUUCUUUAUCCACAAGUGGUUUUACACCAAAAGUGCAUUUGCAUUGCCCUCACUUGGGUGGGGUUGAGGUCAGGGCUCUGUGCUCCGUCAUCCUGGAACAGGAAGGAGCCUUCCCUAGGGUCGGGGCAUCCCAAUACUUUCGCUCAUAUAGUAUUACUCGCAGUAUAACCUGCGCAUUAGCACCGCUGAGAGGAGUCAAACUCUCGACUCACGAUUCCUUCUCUUCAGCUUCAUUAGGCUGAAGCAUGGACGGUCCACUCACCAUGGCUGAUGGUACCACGUGAUUGGAUGGACACCUGCUGACCGACAGCUCGUCUUUCUGCAGAAUCAGAAUGGGGUUCCUGAGUGGAGAAAUAACUGUUAACAACCGCACCUCCUACAACUGGACUUUCUGUGUGGAAACCAAGAAUCCAUGGCUAUUCACGGACACAUAUACGACAUUUAAAGUUGAGCCCUACAAAUCGAUCGAGCAGUACCAGUUUAUUCUAACUAAAUUGGGCAAAACCAUCUACCUAAAAGUGAAAUAUGGGCAGCAUUCGGAGGCCGAGUGCUGUGAAAGUCCUGACCUGUGGUACGUGUUCGAUCCGAGAGAUGACCCCUCCUUCGAGAUCCGAGAGAGCGGAGAUCACUGCAACAUUCACCUGGACUGCAACAUACAGUACGAGAACAAGAAAACAACGUGUCCAAAUUAUGGAAAACUCGAAGAUGAUGCUCGACAGCUAGAGGACAACCGCCAACAAGAGGAUGAGGAGAGGCGACGGCAGGCCCAGCGUGAACUGGAACGAAGAAUUGAGGAACAAAUCAAGAGAGAUAGUGAGAUCGCCGCCCAGAAGCUUUCACGAGCCACAGAGAACCUGAAGCAGAAACAGGCGCUAAGAGGCCAAGAGAUGCACCACCAAACUCAACUAACCCAACAGUCACUGGAAAUCUACGAAAUCGAUAAAGACGAGGUUGCAGACAUUGAGAGGAAGUUUAUUCAACUCUUGGCAGACUUUGAAAUCACGGAAGAUGAAGACUCGGGAGAGACGGUGGACGUCAGAAUGAAAACCCUGCAGAAUGAGAUCAUGGUGGAGUACUGUAGGAAACACGACUUAUCCACCAGCUGCUUGUUCUCCUUCGACACUGCGGUGGGGUACGAAACCCUUUCUUUACAGGACAGGCUGUCAGUACUGGAGGCGGUUCUGCAUUUAUUCUUUGACGAGACCAGAGAUAACCACACGCUUAAAUCCAACCGGGACUUCUUGUUUGCUGUCCUCCAACGGCUGCAAGAUGAUCAUCCAUCAAUCGCACUGAAACUUCUACACAACGUACUUUACUCUGAUAUGCAGCUGUCCAAGCAAAGUAAAGAGAUUCUGGGUCAGCUCAUGUUCAGCGGCACGUGGACGCCAGCAGAAAUAUCCCUUUUUAUGCAAAAAUAUUCGGUCAAGGACAAAGAACAAGUCUACUCGAUGCUUCACAUGGCGCAGACGUACAAGCUGGAGUUCAGCCUGGUCAUCUCUGCAAUGGAAUCACUUGAUCCUCUCAGAUGGCUACAAAACCACGUUGACCAAGAGCAACACAAAGAUGUGAAUGCAAUAAUAAGUGAAAUGCGUCGUAAUAACUACCCUGAGAACAUCUUAUCCAUCCUGGAGGAGGUCCUGCUGUAUCUGGAACCAAUGCUUCAAAUAUACAAAGAAGAUGAGCUAACAGAAAAUCAAAUUCAGGACAUCAAGAAGAUGGUUGAAGAGCUGGAUUUUAGCAACCCAGACAGACAUGCCCUCAAACAUGUCCUACUUGCGAUGGCUGUUGGAGUCAAAAGAAGCUCUGCUGUGAAGAUUCAGGGGGGAACAAGACAAGUGGUGAUCGAAGGGUAUCUCCCCAGAUUAACUCAGCUCGCAACCUUGGUCGUUUUCCUUUUGUCAAAAUCGAGAACGAACACCGGUUGCCUCCUUGAGAUUGGGACGGGCGAAGGGAAAUCUUGCAUCUUAGCCAUGCUUGCUACAAUCCACACUAUUCGUGGUGUAAAUGUGGAUGUCGUGACAAGCUCCCCGGUCCUUGCCUGGCGAGAUUUAGAAGAGUGGAGAGGACUGUACAAGAUGUUUGGCAUAACGUCGUCAGUCGUUCCUCCACCUUUGAAUGAUGCCCAACCUGAAAAACAAGACGAACUGAUUCAGGAAGCGUACAAGCAGCAAGUUGUUUACAGCACGGUGGAAACAUUAGCCGCAGACACACUGAAACAGGAGUUUGAGAAGAAAACAACUCGAGGGGAAAGGGGCUUUGAGAUGGUCCUUGUGGAUGAGGUCGACUACAUGACCUUGGAUAAUGGAGUUCAAAUAACUUUCCUCGCUCAUGAGUCCAGUGGCCUUCAGCAUUUAGAGCAAGUCCUCGCAAGCAUUUGGGCCAAGGUGUCUUCAUGCCAACCGAUUCAGAUGGCAGAAACUGAAGAGAUCAUGUGGGUGACCAGAGUCCAGAAUUUUCACAUGGCUGCACUUGUAGCGAUGAUGGGUUUUAGCACAAAUGACUCUUUCUCACCACACCACACUUUGCUCCCAGGGAUCGAGCUGGGCUUUUACUCAGAGUCAGACUUCACAAGGCUGAACGAGUCUAUCAGUGCUGCUGGAGAAGGACAUCAAGAUGCAAAUGAUGCAUUGAAGGCCAUCAUGGCAAAGACCGGAGUUGAACAACAAUAUGACCUGCUGACUGUUCUCGAGAUGGGGAUGGAACACAAGGUGGCAUUUAACUGCUACGUGUAUCAAUCAGAAACCAAAAAAGCCACUAAGUUUGGAGAGCAGAAGGCAAAAACAGACCAAAACAUCGACAUGCUGCUACUGGAGAAUGGAAAAGCUUGUGAGAUCUUGUCUGAAGACGUGCUCGUUGAAUCCACUGUUAGGGAGGUCAAAUCUAAAAUAACAUAUUCCAACCAAGGGAGUAUAAAUGAUCAAACAUCCAGCCUUGUGAUUCCUUCCUUUCUGGAGCAAUACUUGGAAAAUCGACUACCGGUGUUUGUCAAGAAUGCACUUCGAGCCAUUCAGAUGACCAAAGGCAGGGAGUACAUGAUCGAAUUAUCGAUUACCACCCAGGGAAUGGACAUCAGUGAAGACGAUCAGUACAUGUACCACUCAAUAAUCCCAGUGGACUUUCAGGCCAGUGGUAUGCUUGAAAAAAGGAAGCGGUGGGGUGAUGGCCUACAACAAUUCCUAGAGAUGAAGCAUCAGUUAGCCAUAUCACGGUUAACAAACGUAACCAACUACAUGUCCAAUUUCAAUUUAUUUAAAAGAUACCUAAAUGGAAGGGGCGUAUAUGGCGUUUCUGGAACCCUGGGAGGCGAAUCAGACAAGAGUUUCUUGGCAAGGCAUUACAACACAAGGAGCUUCGUCAUACCAGCGCAUCAGCGUAAAAAAGUCAUCGAGCUGCCUGCUGUUCAGGUAAGAGGAGGAACUGAUAAGUGGAUCCAAAAGCUUUUUGAGACCGUCUCACAAGUCUCCGCCAGGGGGCAGGUUGUGUUAGUCGUAUGUGAAGACGUCAAUACCGCGAACGCUCUCAAUGAGCAAAUUUCUGCAGACGCCAGUCGACCAGUAACCAUGUACACGAUGAGUGAGAGCCACAACAUUGACAACCAGGAGUUCAAAGAAGGACACGUUAUCAUUACAACUAACCUUGGAGGACGUGGGACAGACAUUAAGGUUACAAAGAAGGUCAACCAACGUGGCGGCCUGUUUGUGAUACUUACCUACUUUCCCAACAACCGAAGGGUAGAGAAACAAGUCUUUGGGCGCACGGGUCGGAAGGGAACCCCAGGUAUGGUUCAGAUGAUCCUGAACCAAGAUCAUCUUCCCAUGGCCUAUCAAGGCCAUUCUAUUGAAAUCAUGAGGGAGCUCAGAGAGGAGAACGAGAGGAAACGCAUAGAAGACAUGGAGAAAGAGAAACUGGCCGAAACUGAGAUGAAGGAGGAGCUCUUCUUCAAAUUUUGUCAGUUCCUGAGUGACUUUGAGAAGCAUUAUGGAACAGAAGAGAAAACAGACCUCUUUGAAGUACGAGUGAAAAACGUCCCUCAUUACUUUGCGUCCUUUCACCAAAAGAUGGACUAUUACCCAGCUCUGAAUGCUUUGAAGGAGUCAUGGGGGAUGUGGCUGAUACUUCACACGGACCAGAUCAACACACAGAACGACAUUAGCGUAUUAAAAGACAACCUGAUCCGGCAUCUGCAGGACACCAGCGACAAGCUUUUACAAGGUCAGAGUGCAAAUUUCUACGAUCACGUACAGCAGGCUUUAGGAAGAACUGCCUUGCACUUCCAAAAGAAAAACAAAUGUGACUAUGGGGCGCUUUCCUACUGGGAUAGAGCAUCUAGCUCGGACAACCACUACAGAGCCGUUGCACUCUAUAACAAAGCCUACAUUACCAUUAACAUGGCUGAUAAGGACUACAAAGACAAAGCACGCUGUUUACUCCAGGAGGCAGAAAAAGCUCUAGGCGUUUAUGUGUCAGAAACAGGAAAUACACUAAGCUUUUGUUUUAUGUCCGUUAGCCGUGAACCACACCUCAAAGGUUGCUGUAACCUCCCAACACAGAUGCAAGCAAGAAUGAACAUCUUCAGCUCAUGGAAGCAAAAUAUCUCCAAAAUACUAGACAUGCUUCAGUCAAGCAAAGAUGACUUUGGGACCGUGGAUUUGACACUCUAUGACCUGUUGGCUUCCCAGGACUUUGUGUCCACUACUGAACUUGAGCUUUUUCGUAAUUAUGGCCUUUUAGUUGUGUUUGAGGUCAGACAGAAGCCCAAGUUCUGUCAUGACGCUCUGAUUUGCUGCUUCAUUGGUGUGGUUCAGGUUGUAUCAGGAGUUCUGUUAUGUGCCUGGUCAGAAGGUUCCUUAAAUUGUACCUGCAUAGAUGAAGGUGUGUCUGACAUUAUCUUGGGAAUCACUGGUAUGAUAAAUGGCAAUUUUGAUUGGGCAUCAUGGGCAAUGCAAAAAGGACAGCGUAUAGCGUUCUCCUUGGUUUGUGGUGGAUUUAAAACCUCCUCCAACGCCCUCCAACCACCUAUGUCCAACUAUGCAUUAGUCAGAUCGAUGGCAUCAACAAUAAGCAUACGAAACCUUUCAUCCAGCAUGGGGAAACUAAAUUUGAAGUACGCAACCAAGUACGCUGUUCAUAAAUUAGCUGUGGAAGGGGUAAACAUCGCUGUAAACAAAAUCCCUCAGUCUCUGCAGAAUAAAUUCAAACAGGGAUUCCGACUCACAUUCAAGAACUCUGUUUACACAGCACUGCAAGAAAAUGAAGAAUUUGUACGAGCGCUAACAGAUUUUAUUAGCUCAGGAAUAUCAAAGGCUGCCUUGGAGAGAAAAUCAGGGCACUACAAGAUUGGCAAAAACUUGGAAAAGCAGAUGAGAGAUCAUGUGGAUUCACGGGGGGCAGACAUCAUCACUGACCUAAUCGUAAGCUCCAAAAUAGUAAACCAGAACGUUAAGCACCUCUCAGAACUGUACGACAAGUUAGCGCAGGAUUUAAAGUUCAAUCCAGGCAUCAAUACCAACACUCUUGUAAAAAUGUUGUCUACAGUUCCUACAAAAAACACCAUCGACACAAAGUUCGUUCCUGCCUUUCUGAAGUCUUUGAAGGAAGACCCACUGUUUGAGACAUAUGACAACGAUGGAAGAGACAAGCUGGAAGACGUCAAACGCCUUAAAAAUGACAUUGUUGACUUACUUGCAGAAGGUCUGUCACGAAUCAUGGUGGAAAGCUUUUCUGGACAUGCCCCGUCCAUCUUCACCAAAACGUUCACUCAGAAACUCAACUCUGUCACAGGACGAAUAGUGAGCAAUUUGCUGGGGGAGCAAGAAACUAAAAGCUUCUUUGCCAAUCAGCAGCAUCGUUAUGAUCUGAAAUCAGCUAAAAAGUGUAAAGUGAGCUCUUUGUCCAAGGCAGAACUGAAGACACUCCAGCACUACGCCCAAAAACUUACUGACAACCAACAGCCAACCACAGCUUUGGACGUCCACGUCCUUACCAAGAGUGACUUGCUUAGAGGAAAAGGAAUUUGUGUAAAUGUAGUGGAUGAUAAAGGAAACCUUCUCACAGAGGAGACCUAUCCAGGAACUGACCCAACGGCUGGCAGUAUCAACCUCUUGCUGACUAAAGUGGAUCUGCCGUCUCCAGGUAAUGACGGGAAUCUUGCUAAACUGAAACGCUGGAUGUUGGGUGAAGACCUUUUACACGACGGUCACAUUGAUAUUUUACAUCCUGAUGGGUCUCGAGAAGCAGUUAAAACAAAUCCUAAAUGCCUUUUUCAUGCCAUCGUUGAAGCAACCACCAACAACCCUGAUGAUGUACAACAGAAAGCUCUUAAGCUCAGAAAGAGUGUCGGCGAAGAGAUUCUUUUGAAACCAGGUAAAUACGCCGAUGCGGUGAAGAUUCAGAACAUGUUCAACGAGACAAACGUCAUUAACAAGUUCAAAAUCCAAGCUGGACUCAGCCAAUGGGAGGAGUUACGUGCCAUAUAUAUUAAGGACAAGACACCAAAACAAAUUAUUAACGACUACAAACUGGGAGAAGUGGGAGAACCCCAGAGCCUAUUAGGCAUCCCAGGACUGGUAGAAGCUGGUCACAUUCCACCAAAAAAGACCUGGACUGACGUCUAUAACCUCAUUAAAACCAACCCAGAAACUGCUUCAUCGCUGAAAGAGAAGAACCAGGAGGCCUACUGGUUUGUAAUGAGCACGAUCAACGACCAGGAAAGAAAUAAGCAGCUAUGCAUGAAUACUCUGUCCUUGGACCACGGACGAGCACUCACUAGUGGCAACAGUGCAGAAUCCAGAGCAUGCAGAGAUUGGCUGACAAACCUUUUUGCAAGCGGUGACACAGAGAAAGCCUUGAAGUUCUCCUUAAUGAUGGCCCAUCCAGGAUGCUCAGACAACGUCUGGAACGAUCUAGGUUUUCAGAAUCGUUCCAAGACCUGCGAUUCUGGACUCAAAGAGACGGAAAGGAACCAGUACUACAAGACCGGGUUCAGGCAGAUAGUGAAAACGUACAGCAAGUGGAACCUCAUCGAUCAAAGCCAAGCAAUCCGAUUACUGAAGUGGGUGAAAAACGACACCUUUUUGGAGACGUCUUCACCAGAGUACGAGGAGAUAAUCACUACCUUAAAAACCGUUAAUAAGAAAAGGUGAAGUCUGUCGGUGGUUUUGGUUGCAGCCAAUUGAACCCAAACAAAAAUAAAAUGACUUUUUUGAAUGGCUUCAUAUUUGGUUGAUGACAAUUUUAGUUCUAUUAACGUUUCAUUGUCUAUUUUUCGUUGUUAGAUUUGGUGCCACUUUUAAACAUGUUGUAUAAUAAAUAACUAGAUAGUGAAAACUUGAAGGUGGUAUGGAAACAAUUACUGAUAACGUUUUAAUAUUUAUUAUGAGUAUAAUUACUGUAACAUGGCUCAGCUGUACAUUGUUAGUGGCAAAUCACUGUAAGAGUGAAGCCGGACUUGCUCUGAGAACUCACCUGGGGUCACUGCGUUUUCAGACCUCACCCUGGUAGAGUGAAUUGCCCCAGAGGUGGCAUGAUGCCCCUUUAAAAUCCACUUUAUGCACUUUAUGCAGUUGGUGUGGUUGGGGUUCCACUUAUUGUAGGGAAAGUGGGAGCCUAGUGGGUAGAGCUUUGGAUUAUCAAUUGAAAGAUUGAGAGUUCGAAUCCUAGCUCACUGCUACAUUUCAUUGUACUGUACGUCUGUAUAUAUAGCAAAUAAAAGCAUUCUAUUUUA